UAACCAUAAAUAUCAGGAGAGUGUAGAUUUUGUUUUGUGGCUGUGGCUGUGGCUACAAAUGCAAUGGCUGUCAGCUUUACCUUCUUCAAGACUUCACACUUUCCAAUUUGUUUUUCUUCCCUUCCUUCACCUCUACUCAAAUUAUCCACAACCAAAAUCUCUGCCUUUUCAUCUUCCUCAAUGGAUCAGCACAAUCAGGGACGUGCAAAGCUCAUGGAAUACCCUUUCGUCUCGGCUUCGCACAAGGCUUUGAUGGUUGAUCUUGUAUCUACAGUAGAGAAUCGGCUUGGCUCGCAACUCCUACCAUGUACUCUUCCACCCGACGUACAAUACUGCCAGAACGAAACUGGAACCGCCCGAAACUCGCUUCAUAUCAGAUCCGGUAACCAAUAUUCCCCUGUUGAUUUCAUACUAGGAAGUUGGCUACAUUGCAAGCUACCAACUGGUGCAGAAUUGAACAUUACAAACAUUUCAGCUUAUUUGAACCUUUCAACUGAUGCACCAAACAUCACAAUGGACCUCAUCAGGAGUAGUCCGACAUCACUAGUCCUUAUUCUUGAUUUGCCUCCACGAAAAGACCCUGUCUUUUAUCCAGACUACCUCGAAACUUUCUACGAGAAAUCUCAGUUGGACUCACACAGGCAAAUGCUUCAGAAGCUCCCUGAGAUUCAACCUUAUGUCUCUUCAUCGCUUUAUAUCCGUAGCCUCUUUUCACCCACAGCAAUAUUGAUUCGCGCAGAAACUGAGGCAGAUGGAGGAGAUCGCAUGGAGGAGAUAAUAAAAAAUCACAUAGGUCCUGUUGCAAAGGAAGUUUUUGGGAUCUGGUUGGAUAGUUGUGCUUGUGGAGGGAGAGAGGUGAACGCGGAGGAGAAAGGUUAUUUGAAAAAGAGGGAUGAGAUUGUUAAGAAGAAAACUAUUGAGAAUGAUUUGGGAAUUUCUUUCCCAAGAUUGUUUGGGCCAGAAAUCGCAGAUAGACUGUUAGGAGCUAUACGUAAUGUUUAUAAUAUAUGAGGUUCAAUCCUCCAAUAUGAUACAGAAUUAUUCCUGUACAUCACCAAUUCUUCAA